AUGGUCCAGCUUAAACCGGUGGACGGAACAGAUUAUUACCUCUGGAAAUACCUCCCGUCAAUCCCAGCGGCCGCCGUGUUCAUUGUGUUGUUCACUGGCAAUACCGGCGCCCUCUGGUGGCGCACGAUCAAGGCGCGGUCGUGGUUCUGCAUCCCCUUUGACAUUGGUGGAUUGUUUCAAAUGAUCGGCUAUAGCACCCGCGUGUUUGCUCACUACCGGACCGACCUCAUUGCGCCUUACGCAGUCCAGAGCAGUUUCAUCCUCCUGGCACCCGUCUUCUACGCCGCCUCCAUCUACAUGGUGCUCGGCCGCCUCAUUCGCAGCGUGCACGGCGAGCGCUUCUCCAUCAUUCGGCCCGCGAGGAUGACCAAGCUGUUCGUCCUGGCGGAUAUCCUGUCGCUGAAUGUGCAGGGGAAUGGUGCCGGGCUGACGGUCAAGGACAAGACUCAGAAGAUCGGGAAAUACAUAGUGAUCGCUGGCUUAUUCAUCCAGCUGAUUGCGUUUGGAUGGUUCGUUGUUGCUGCGUUCAUGUUUCACGUGCGGAUGCGGAGAACCGUCGGCAAGGAUCCAAGCUCGAGGCCGAACGUCCCCUGGAGACAAGGCCUGAUGAUGAUAUACAUCUGCAGUGCGUUGAUCAUGGUGAGAUCUGUCUUCCGUGUGGUCGAGUACAUGAUGGGCAUGGAUGCGUAUCUGCUGUCACAUGAGUGGCCGACGUACGUCUUUGAUGCGGCCCCGAUGUGGACUGUACAGAUGACGUUUCUUCUUUGGUUCCCGGAUAGAUUGAAACCGGAGCAACAUGGUGGUAGUGAAGAUGGGCAUGUACUCAUGGGGAAUGGCUCGCCGAUGGAGUAGCGUGAAAACUCCCACUGGACUCUUCAAAAUACGUGGAAAUGGUUCUGUUGCAGGGGCAUUGUCAUAUUGGGAAAGUUAACUGUUUGAUGCACG